GACGCCGAGCCGCCAUUAACGCUGCCAUCAACCUCCACCACCGACUGCUGCCUUGCUGCCCUAGCGUGAAGUCACUCAUCGUCACGCGAUCGUCUCCAUCAACCACCAGCGAGCCGAGCGUGAGCCGUCGAGCCCCGUUGUGCACCCUCGACGACCUCCCUCGUUUC